UAUAGUUGGCCAUCAACUUGUUAAGUUGCACAACUUACUUUGGAUCCUCGAGUCCUGAACAUGCAAAACAUGUUUCCUAGGCUAGUUAUGGGAAUUUGGCAAAAUGUCCGACUAAAGCAACUACAUUAUGUAGGCCGAUUCAACAGUGCCACGAAGAAGGAAGUGUUCUCUGCUUUCAAAGGAAAUCAGAGUCAUCAUUCUGAUGUUAUUUUAGUAAGCCGUCGUCGUUCGGCUUCAUCAACAACAGGGACUCAUGGUCUAACUGGACCCAAGCGUUUCUUCAGGUCAACUUAUACCACAGAAAAACCACAGUUUGGCCAACGUGGUAGUGAAAAGAGAAACACAACAUCAUCUAAAUGUAUUACCAUUUUACCAAGUUCAGUAAGGAAUUCAACCCGUAUGUCAUACCUGACCUCAUGCUGCCAAAAGCUACCUGCCACGAGGGAGCAAUUACUCUACAAUGUACUAAAUGUAGUCUACUGUCAUCAGGCUAAGAGAUGCAUGGCUUCCAAAGCAAGCAAAGCAGGGAAGGGAAAGAAGAAAAAGCAGAGAAUAUCAGACUCGGAGGACACGGAUUCAGAUGAGGAAUCUGAUGAUGACAUCAUCAAGAGAGAUGAAGAUGAUUUGGAGAGAGAUUGGGAUCCUGAGAUUGAUGAGAAGCUUUCAGCAGAUGAGCAGGAGGCAGGGAGCUCCCCAGAAUGGAAGGAGAUACAACAAUAUGUCCCAUCUCUCAGACUGGAUGCAGUGCUCAGUGCUGGACUGGGUGUUUCUAGAAAGAAGAUUGAAGAAGCUUAUCUUGGUACAAAGUUGAGGGUAAAUGGCGAGAAAGUGAUCAAGAAAAGCAGACAGGUGAAGGAGGGAGACAUCUUGGAUAUGGUCCUGGAACGAAGCACGCCCUCACAGGCCAAAGAAGAUGUGAAUGAUGAUGGAUUAACUGUAAUGAGACUACACAUUAUGGAGAUAUCAACAGAUAGAACCAACAAAGAUAGGGUUCCUGUGCUGCUAAGAAGAUGGAAGAAUCUUAGGUUAAUCAAAGAAAAGAAGUGACGUGGACAUGGUGAAAGGUUUUUGAGUGCAUUUUCCACAGAGCAUUUUGCAUGUGAAACUUGAUUUAUGCCUGAUGUAAUGAGCUACAUGUUUUUGUAAUCCCAAGCAGAUACACAUUAUGUUUGAAAUUGGAAGUUAUUGUUUUACAUAAUUAAUGGCAAGAUCUGUUUUGUAAGACAUAAAUAGCAGGCACUCAGCUUUGAUGUAAUGAUCCAAUACAGAAGUGUGCAUAUGAUAUUAAAGAUGAACCUUUGCCUGCAUUUUUAAUUGUUCACUAAUCGUAAAGGUCUUGGUCACAACAAACCCACAGAAUAUCUUAAUUGGUCACUAGUGCAUAUCUAAUCCCCCCUUGGGCCUGUGAAUGACCACAAGAGGUUCAAGGGUAUUCUGCCUUAAACGUCAGGAAAUAGUGUUCAGUUUCUUUUUGUGGAGUGCCAUGGUAUGGAGCAUUGAACUAGUGGUCUGCAGGUAAUUCUGCAGGUUGUGGGUUCGAGUCCAGCCUGGGGCUAUGGUGUGUGUGUCCUUGGGCAAGGCACUUUGUCACUUGUUGCUUCUCACCCAGGAGUAGAUGGGUACCUGUAAGGACAGAGAUGGAAAUGGCGAUUGAUUCUAGCUGCCUUGCACCAAAAUAGCUGCAUCUUGGAGCUAUAAAAAGCUUCAUGGCUGCAUCAAGCUGUAUACUCCCCAGGGAACUGAGAUUGUAUUUGGAAUGUUUCAUUGGCCCAAUGAUCAGGGGUAAUAAUAAUGUAAAGCACUUUAAUCUCGGCUACAUGUUAUUAUUAUUUUAUUAUUUUGGAUGCCUAACUGUGCACUGUUUUAAUAUGUACCUUUGUAUUAAAAAAAUAUGAAAGACAUGCAACAAUGACAAAGUAUGAUAUUCAUAUUAGCCUUAACAAUCCCCAUCCAGUCAAACUCCAACGCCAGGGGUUUGUUUGAAUCUGUUGGAGUCCUAUGGGGACCUAUUGGUAUCAUUUCUGUUGGUCAAAUCUCACUGGCUAAACUUUGCCUUUAUAUCAUUCCUUGACAUAAGAUGAAACCCGAGCACAAGAGUUUCUACUCAACAUGGAAAGGUUGAUGAUUGGAGUCACCUUUUGUGAUGACAUAAAUGACAUUUUACUGCAUAAAACGAUUUUUAGAGGGAAUGUUUGCCUUGACAUUUCAACAAUGUUUAUUAACUUAUGAAUGUUUAUUAAAUUAAGUAUUACAUGUAUAAUGAUCAACUGUUUGUUGAUCUAUGAAUGCUUUUCUUUCUUA